GCGAUUGUUAAUUCGUCAAUUAUUCAAUCAAAAUGUUGGUGAUUUAUUAUGUGGAGAGCAUCAAGGAGAGUUAUAGUUGAAUGCAUUAAUUUCGUCAUGAGAUGCGUACGCAAUAAUCGGGUAAUCCAUGAUUUUGACGAUAUUCCCGAUUACGAUAUUCAAGACGUACCAGUUUACUUCCAGCCGCAGAGCUUCGACGUUCCUGUCCCGAUUAGACAAACGGAAGACCUUCAACACAGACCAGAUGCUCCCUGCAUGAGAAGACGUUCCCCGCCCGAACUCGUAUCAAAAAUGUUACAGGCGAUCGAUGAACUCAACGAAACUAAAUUCACAAGUAACGUCAACACAAAUGAUGAUGAGCCAACGGACGACGACGGACUAACCACUAAAGUGUCAUAGCAAAGCAAAAAUCGUUUUGGGUCUUUUCGUCGGUUUUUCGAAUUCGACAUUUUUCAAUAAAAAAAAUACUGGAAAUCAGA